AGCCACAUGCCCACGCUCCGCGCCGGCUGCACGCGCCCCCCCCCGCACACGCGCAGCCCCGGGGCUCCGGGGCAGAGACCCGCGCUCCCCCCGCUCCCGCGCCAGGCGGGGUCCCCUCCGCCCCGCUCCGCGCGCGCGGCCAGCUGCCCCGUCCGUCCCCCGCGCCCGCGCCGGGCUCUGCCCCUGCGCCCCGCUGUGCACGCUCCGCGGGGGCAUGGAUCUGCCCCAGUGAAACCCGCCGGAGGAAGCCGGGGCGGCGCUGACCAGAGGGCACAGACGCGCUGGUGGUAGUUGAAACAAGGAAUUUUUUUAAAUUGCUUUCUUCCCUUUUUGGGGGGUGGUUCAUUCCCUCCCCCCCUCCUCUUGGACAGUUUUUCCUCCUCCCCUCGGCGGUUUUUUUUUUUUGGGGGGGGGCUUUUUAUUAUUUUUUUUUAAACCUUUUAAAAAAAAAAAAAAAAAAAAAAGGCGGUGGAGGUUCCGCAAGAAGCCAGAGCUGCUAUGGAUUUUACCGGCAGCUCGGGUGGGGGCAGCGAUCACCGACAGAUCGAGGAGAGCAAGCCGCUGCUGGGUGAAAUGUCUGCUACUGAGGGGAGUAAAAUGGGUGCUGCGCGUUGCAGGCGACCCCUUCUGCACUGCAAUGGCAUGAGGUAUAAACUGCUGCAAGAGGGGGACAUCCAGGUUUGUGUCAUCCGACACCCCCGGACAUUUCUGAGCAAGAUCCUCACCUCCAAAUUUUUGAGGAGGUGGGAGCCUCAUCAUGUAACCCUGGCAGAUAACAACUUAGCCUCAGCUACACCAACUGGGUAUAUGGAAAACUCCAUUUCCUACAGUGCUAUUGAAGACGUUCAGCUGCUCUCCUGGGAGAAUGCCCCUAAGUACUGUUUACAGCUCACAAUCCCUGGGGGUACUGUCUUACUGCAGGCUGCAAACAGUUACCUGAGGGAUCAGUGGUUUCAUUCUUUGCAGUGGAAGAAAAAGAUUUACAAGUACAAGAAAGUGCUUAGUAACCCAAGCCGUUGGGAGGUUGUUUUGAAGGAGAUUAGGACACUGGUGGACAUGGCGCUAAACUCUCCACUACAGGAUGAUUCCAUCCAUCAAGCACCACUGGAGAUUGUCUCAAAGCUGCUCUCGGAGAACACCAACUUAACCACUCAAGACCAUGAGAGCAUUAUUGUGGCAAUUGCACCUUUGCUGGAAAACAAUCACCCUCCGCCUGACCUCUGUGAAUUCUUCUGCAAGCACUGCAGAGAACGCCCUCGGUCCAUGGUUGUCAUAGAAGUGUUCACACCGGUGGUACAGAGAAUCCUCAAACACAACAUGGCAUGUUUCAGCGGCUUCACUGAGUGUCUCCUUUUUGGACAGGAUUUUGGGAAGUGCCCUCGGUUGAGACUGUUUACUCAGGAGUAUAUUCUGGCUUUGAAUGAACUGAAUGCCGGCAUGGAGGUGGUGAAGAAGUUCAUUCAUAGCAUGCACGGUCCCACUGGACAAUGCCCCCAUCCCAGGGUCCUGCCGAAUCUUGUAGCUGUCUGCUUAGCAGCCAUUUAUUCUUGUUAUGAGGAAUUUAUCAACAGUCGAGACAAUUCUCCAAGCCUGAAGGAAAUUCGGAAUGGCUGCCAGCAGCAAUGUGACCGAAAGCCUAACUUACCCCUCCGGCUUCUCCAUACGAGUCCCGACCUGGUUUCUCAAGAGGCCACCUUGAGCGAAUCUCGCCUCAAAUCGGUCAUUGUCACAUCGAACGAGAUCCACGUGGAAGUGGAGCGUAACAACACUGCUAACCAGAAGAUGACGGCAAAUGUCGGCAACGAUAGUGAGCCCAACCUGAUUGAUUGCCUGAUGGUCAGCCCCACCUGUAGCACCAUGAGCAUCGAGCUGAGCGCCCAGGCAGACAGGAUCCUCGGCUGCUACGUGGAAAUACUAAAAAUGCUGUCGGACUACGAUGACUGGAGACCAGCUCUGGCCAGCUUGCUUCAACCUAUCCCAUUUCCCAAGGAGGCUCUUGCACAUGAGAAAUUCACAAAGGAGCUGAAAUAUGUGAUUCAGAGAUUUGCGGAAGACCCAAGACAAGAAGUCCACUCGUGUUUGCUGAGUGUGCGGGCUGGCAAAGAUGGCUGGUUCCAGCUAUACAGUCCUGGGGGAGUGGCCUGUGAUGACGACGGAGAACUAUUUGCCAGUAUGGUACGUGUCUGCAAUAACGUUCAUAUUUUAAUGGGGUCUUGUUAUAAGACAAAAAAGUUCCUGCUUUCGCUGGCUGAAAACAAACUUGGACCCUGCAUGCUCCUGGCUCUGAGGGGCAACCAGACCAUGGUGGAGAUUCUGUGUUUGAUGCUAGAAUAUAACAUCAUCGACAACAAUGACACGCAGCUCCAGAUCAUCUCUACCCUGGAAAGCACGGACGUGGGAAAGAGAAUGUAUGAACAGCUGUGUGACAGGCAGAGGGAAUUAAAAGAACUGCAAAGGAAAGGUGGUCCCACACGGUUAACACUGCCAUCCAAAUCCACAGAUGCAGACCUGGCCCGGUUAUUAAGUUCGGGAUCCUUUGGAAAUUUGGAAAACCUCAGCCUGGCCUUCACCAAUGUAACGAGUGCCUGUGCUGAGCACCUCAUCAAACUGCCUUCGCUCAAGCAGCUGAACCUGUGGUCAACUCAGUUUGGAGAUGCAGGUUUGCGGCUUCUCUCCGAACACCUCACCAUGCUGCAAGUGCUCAACUUGUGUGAGACUCCCGUCACAGAUGCUGGGCUGCUGGCACUGAGCUCCAUGAAAAGCCUGUGUAGCUUAAAUAUGAACAGCACCAAACUUUCAGCCGACACCUAUGAAGAUCUCAAGGCUAAAUUGCCCAACCUGAAAGAAGUGGACGUGCGCUACACCGAAGCCUGGUGAACUCUCUCUCUCUCUUUAGCUUCUGACAAGAAGAAAAAGAUUUUAAAAACAAAACCAGAAAAUAAAACAACUUUUGGCUAAUACCUGUAGAGCAGUGAGUUCUGGGACUUCACUUCUAGCAGUUGUGGUUGUGAGAUAGAGGAGUCGCUGUGUGUGGGGGAGGGUGAACUGAGCAUGCCCAGACCCUGCCUAAUUCUUUCGGCUUUGUAAUUUCAAAAUCAACAUAAUUUAAAUUGGAAAAAAAAAAAGACUUUGUAGCAGCAAGAGGAUUCUAAAGAGUGGGAAAAACCCCAUCCUUUGUGGAUUUUAUUUGCCUUUGUGUUUUAUGCUGUGCGGAGGAAAAAAACAGAAUGCAUCAAUUUCUCAUGGUUUUAAUUGGGUUCCCUCAGCUGGAGUUCAUCCAUUAGGAACUCCUCCUCCUUCACCGUGUUUGUUCCAGGAAGGCAACCUAUAAAACAUCAAGAGAAGAUAAAAAAACAACCCACAUGAUUUGCACCUCUCCCUGUGUCCUUGCAAUUGUUAUGCAAAGUAAUUUUGUUGUACAUAAGAUUUACAUAAUGCACCUAUUUAAAAAAAUGGUUCACAAAUAACAGGUCUGGGACCUGUCUUUUAUUUAUGAAUUGUUAAUCCUUUUACCUUUUUUUUUUUUUUUUUUUUUUUUUUUUUUGCAUAUAGUACUGUAUUAACUAGUUUGCUGUCUUGGUUUUUUUUUUUAAACCCUCCUUGAGGAAUUGCCUGUUAGUAGUGCAUACCGUACUAUAAUCUAUCUCUGUGUCAGAAUCCUCGCUCCACUGCAUUUCUGAUUUAAAAAUGCCUCUAACAUCAUGCAGUCAGAAGGAAAAUAUAUAAAAAGAGGGGGUGAAGGGAGAGGCGCAGGUAUUAAUAAAAGACAUAAAUUUUAUUCCUGAAAGACUGUAAUCUUUCUCUUAGCCUUUUCAAGCCAUAUCAGGGUUAGGCUUUGGGUGGGGGCAGGGAAACGGUGUCAGUCAUUUUGCCAAUGAGAUAUUUACAAAACUUGGUAAAUUUCACAAGUUACCUCUGUCAUUUUCUGUUUACGUCCAAUAUUUCAAACAAAAGUUCUCCUGGAAUUUCGUGCAUAAGCUUUUUCUUUCCCCCUUUCCUUUCAUCAUGCACGCAUUGUUUUGCAUGUUCCUCUUGGGAGAGUAAAAAAUAACAUUGUCGCUGAUCUAAUGGCUCUGCCCUGUCUGUACAUGUGACCACUACUUUCCAAAUCUCUUUUCUGCCCCCCCCCCCUCCACAAUUGCUUAAAAAAUGAUAAACAAAAAUUGUGGUUUCUUUUAUAAAUAUGCUGUUGGCUUUUUUUCAUAAUGAGCCUUUGUUGUACAGAGCAGCUUGGUUUUUUUUUAAAUGUUUUCUUUCAGUUUAGCACUGUUAUUUUAUUCUUGAGCACCUCAAGAUUUAACAUACAGCCAAUGUAAUUUUUUUAUAUAUAAAUAUAUAUAAAUAUAUAUAUAAUCUUCAAUGGAAGCCAGGCUUUUGUUGCAGGGGUGGUUUGUUUGGGGGGCUUUUUAUUUUAUGGGGGCGGGGUUGUUUUUUUUUACUUUGUUGCUAGAUAGAUUACCCCUGCCCAAAUAUUCUUACCAAAAAAAAAAAAAAAGAGAGAGAGAGAGAACAAUUGGUUUAAGUCUUAACUCACUUAGUGUGCCAGGUAUUUUUUUUCCUCUCAAAUCCCAAACCUGUAUAAGAACACAGCACGGGAAGAAAAGAAUAAAAUAAAUAAAAGAAAAAUUAUGCCAACGUUUUUCCUUAGCACUGUUGCUUUUACCAAUGGUUUACUACUGUUCUGUAGCUGUGUACAAAGAGAUGUGAAAUAAUUUCAGGCAAAAAUAAACUGUAAGUGAAUAUCUUUUA